CUUCGCUGUACGGUAACCCGUGGAAGGUCUGAAGAACCUGGAAGUGAGCACGGUCCGAGGGCUUGCUGCUGAUUAUUCUAGCUUCAACGGUCCAACACAACAGUACAAUUGUACAAUGAUGCACUAGCUCUGCGAUGAGACGCGCGCCGUGUCUCUUAUCUGAGAGAAAAUAACGAUGGACUGGUCUCACAGCAGUAGCAGCAGCCCCACGUCGGUCCUUAUCGCACGGCAGCUCGAUCAGGCAUUUAACCAGAGCAACGAUGGUCGAAUCGCGUCUGGGCGGGACAACAGCACCGGCGGCACCCUCAGCCAUUUCGGCGAGAACUCAUCCUCGCUAUCAUCUCUCGGCUGGACCUUCUUGCCAGUUCUCAUCUACGCCGCCAUAUGCUUCGCUAUUUUCUUCACCUUCCGCCGGAAAUACCCCAGGGUGUACGCCCCGCGGACCCUCCCAUCGCUCAGGAAGCCAGAACACCCAAGCCCCAAGCUUCCUGGAGGGUGGUUUGACUGGAUCAAGCCUUUCUUCGCCAUUGACGAUACCUACAUCCUGAACAACUGCUCCCUAGAUUCCUUCCUUUUCCUCCGCUUUCUCAGGGUGCUGUCCAUCAUAUGCCUCGCGGGAUGCUGUUUCUCCUGGCCGAUUUUACUUCCCGUUCACGGCACCGGUGGGGCAGGACUGAAAGAGCUUGACUUGCUGACACUCGGGAAUAUCACGAGCCCUGACAGCUUCUAUGCCCAUGUUGUCGUGGCAUGGUGUUUCUUCGGCUUCGUGCUUUUCAUGGUGUGCAGGGAAUGCAUCUAUUACAUCAAUCUUCGCCAGGCUUAUCUCCUCUCUCCAAACCACGCCAAGCGACUGUCAUCCAGAACUGUUCUGUUCACUUGCAUCCCACAACCCUACGUAGACGAAGCUAAACUGCGCAAGCUAUUUGGCGAUUCGGUGAAGCAUGUGUGGAUUCCCAGAGACCUGAGCGACUUGCGUGCCCUGGUUGAGGACAGGGAAGAAACCGCGGAUCGGCUCCAGCGAGCCGAGACACGACUGAUCAGGAUGGCCAAUAAAGCUCGAAACAAGUACCUGAAGAAGCAUCCGACUGCGUCAAGUAGUCUACCCCCUGAACCCCAAACGACGACAACAACAACACAAAAAGACGCGGAAAAGGGGCAAGCCGUUAGUACAAUCAAGAUUGCCGAGCGUCAGCUUUCGGGACUCGAUUCCCCGAGCUCGGAGGAGGCCCCGGACCCAGAGUACACGCACCCUUACAGCCUGGAUCCAUCUCUGCCAGACGUUAGAGGCUCUGUAGCUGCCCUCUGGAUUCCUGCAGAUUCGCGGCCCUAUCACCGUCCACUCAGCAACUUUGGCCGUCGUGUGGACACAAUUAGAUGGACGAGACUCAGACUGAAGGUUCUCAACCGCGAAAUCUGGAAACUCCGGCGAAAGUACCGUGGAGGAGACGGGUCCCCGCUCAACGCCGCCUUCAUAGAAUUCGACUCGCAAGCGAGUGCGCAGGCUGCUUUUCAGAUCCUUGCUCACCACCAGCCGCUGCACAUGUCGCCGCGCUACAUUGGUCUCCGGCCCGACGAGAUCAUCUGGAGCGCGCUGCGGAUUCGCUGGUGGGAGCACAUCAUGCGCCGCUUCUUCAUGAUGGGCGUUAUCGCUGCCGCCAUCAUCUUCUGGUCCUUCCCGGCCGCUUUUGUUGGGACAAUCUCAAACAUCGAGUAUCUGAGCACCGAGAUAUUUUUUCUUACUUGGAUUGCCAAACUCCCGGAUCAGAUAUUGGGUAUCAUACAAGGUCUACUGCCGGCCCUUGCUUUGUCCUGGCUGAUGGCUGCCGUCCCUUGGAUGCUCAGGGGCUGUGCAAGGGUUGCCGGCGUGCCUUCGCAUGCAAUGGUGGAGUUGUAUGUGCAACAUGGAUAUUUUGCGUUCCAGGUUGUGCAGGUCUUUCUUAUUACCACCAUUACUUCAGCCGCGUCUUCCGCCUUAGGAGGCAUCCUCCAGGACCCGUUGUCGGUGAAAGAUUUGCUAUCCAAGAACCUACCCAAGGCAUCCAACUUCUACCUCUCAUACAUCCUUGUUCAGUGUUUAGGUGCAGGCGCCGGGCGACUCGCCAACUUUGGUGAUCUUAUUCGACAUGAGCUCAUAGCCAAGUUUACGCCCAACCCUCGAAGGCGGUUCUACCGCUGGCGCAGACUGAGCAAGGUUCACUGGGGCAGCGAGUACCCACGGUUUACCAACAUGGGCGUUAUUGCUCUCAGUUAUUCUUGUAUAGCCCCCUUGAUCCUCGUUUUUGCGGGGGUCGGGAUGUUUUUCAUCAGUUAUGUCUAUCGAUACUGUCUAAUCUAUGUACUCGACUCGAGCCUUGAUACCAAGGGUCUGUUCUAUCCCCGCGCACUUAUGCAGCUCAUGGUAGGGCUCUACAUAGCCGAGAUCUGUCUGAUCGGGCUUUUUGCCCUGAAAUCAGCGAUCGGGCCUCUGCUUCUCAUAGCUAUUUUCUUCAUCUUCAGCGUGCUAGUGCACAUCUCGCUCAACGAGGCUGUCACACCCUUACUCUACAACCUGCCUCGAACCCUUGCCCUCGAGAAGGAUAUUGGUCUAGCCACAGACGACGACACUUCAAGUGACGGAGGCAACAGUACAGAACCGCAAACCACUGGUGGCCUCGCAGCCGACUACUACAACACAGAUGAAGAUUUUGGCGAGGAUACCGUGGACGUACUAGAGUCGUCCCAUGACCUCGACGACGACGUCCAGCUGCGCGGCAUCGAGGGCGGCAGCAGCUUGAAGAACGCCAUUGCCGAGUGGACCAAGUCGGCCCUGAAGCAAAGCCUCAAGCCGAGCAGCACUGCGGAACCGUCGACUUUGACCAAGGUCCUGACGCAGAUCAAGACGUGGCUCACCCCGGACCCAACCCGCAAACCUAACCCCAUCCUGGCAUUCCUACAUCCAGAAAUCUACCAGGACUUUAGGACGCUGCAGCCCAAGGUCAAUCCCGGGCCGGACGACGUAGACCUACCCCCAGACUAUGCCAAGCGCGCCUAUUGGCCGCCUGAGAUGUGGCAGCCCGCGCCGAAGCUCUGGAUUCCAAAGGACGAGGCCAGGGUCAGUCGACAGGAGGUGGCGCAUACAAAGGCGUCGGUGUUUAUUUCGGAUCGGGGCUGUUGGUUGACAGAGAAGGGGAGGCUGGUUUGUGACUUUGAGGAGUCCCCGUUGCAUGAACCGGAGAUUAUGUACUAGGAAGUUUACUACUAGAAGUAAUGGAUAAUAUGUAAUGGUAUAUCUAGUAGCUAUAGCUAGGCCAUACACGGAGGUUAUGGCCUAUACCCGGGAUGGCGAUCCAAUCUCCAGUUGAUGAUCUACUGGGUGUGCUCUCGUCCCGACAUAUCUAGGGCUGAACUCUAGAUACUACCCAUUGUCUGUGUACCUUACUCAGCUUGAGAUCUCUUCAAUGACAUGGCCUGUUGAACAUCUGUUGUCAUCGCCUUACACGUACUGCCACUUUGACGUCUCUCGUCCUCUCUCUGAAUAAUAUCACUACUCCUACAUCAUCGAGCACACCCUCCCAUCCCUAUGGAACUGUGUGUGGUGUUCAGAAUCUAAA